GAUAAACACUCUCUUCUCUCCAUCCUCCUUCUGGAGCAGAGCUCCGUCGUCAAUCUUAGCAAUGGCUUCUUCUGUCGUCACUUCUUUUCAACCCAGGUCAGCAUUUUUGGGAGACAGAAACGUGUUCAAGGUCUCAACGACGCCGUUUGCUCAAGUGGGUUUCUCCAGGAAGACCAUAGAGUGUAAGGAAUCAAGGAUAGGGAAGCAACCCAUCGCUGUACCAUCUAAUGUAACCAUUGCAUUGGAAGGUCAAGACUUGAAAGUCAAAGGUCCAUUAGGAGAGCUUGCUUUAACUUACCCACGUGAAGUUGAGCUCGUCACAGAAGAUGCUGGUUUCUUGAGGGUCAAAAAAACCGUCGAAACUAGAAGAGCUAACCAAAUGCACGGCCUUUUCAGGACGCUUACGGAUAACAUGGUAGUGGGAGUAUCAAAGGGAUUUGAGAAGAAGCUGAUACUAGUGGGAGUUGGUUAUCGUGCUACCGUGGAAGGGAAAGAGCUGGUUCUGAAUCUUGGGUUUUCCCAUCCGGUUAAGAUGCAGAUACCGGAUAGUCUCAAGGUGAAAGUGGAGGAGAACACAAGAAUCACUGUGAGUGGAUAUGAUAAGAGUGAGAUUGGGCAGUUUGCUGCAACGGUGAGGAAGUGGAGACCUCCGGAGCCAUACAAGGGUAAGGGAGUGAAGUAUUCAGAUGAGAUUGUGAGGAGGAAAGAAGGCAAAGCUGGAAAGAAGAAGUGAUUUCUUGUUGUUAUUGUUGUGUAUUUUACUUUACAUGUUCUCCUUUAUAUGUUUAUGAAAAACUAAAAUUGUGAAACAAUUCGCCAUGAUUCAGUCAGUUAUUGUACAACUACAAACUACUGAGAGAGAAAAUGUUUGGUAAAAAU